CUAUCUGGUAGGAUACGGAUUAGACUUGCUUCUGUAGCUUUCCUUACGCAGCGAGAAGUGUACGCUGGCAAGUUCGGUAUACACCAGGCAUUCCGUACAAUGGAACUGCUCCACAGGGUGCUAAAUUUCAUGGUCUUCACCAUCAGCAAAUGUGCACACUUCCAUAAUGCCCAAAGCUGAUUUUAUAGAGGAGAAGAUCAGAAUGCAGCAACAGGUUUUUCUCUUCAACAGAGCUUCAAAAAGAGAGAUGUGGUAUGGCUGUUUUGAGCUCUCAUCGGACAUAAGGGUGUUUUGAGAUAUUAAUGCGUCUUUUGUAUUUCCAUUUAAGGAGUACUGUAGACUUUCCAGCCUUUUUAUAUUGAACUGUUGCCAGAAUAGACCCACACUCUAUUCUUCCACGAAGGAUUACAAUAACAAGGGGCAAGGCAACUUUGGGGUGGAAUUUUCUGGAAAGAAGAUGUUUGGUGCUUCAUCAUGAGACACUACAGAGUUUUUGGACCUGAAAGGUGGUUGAUUCUCUUCUGUCCCAGUAAAACAUGAAGACCACAUUAGGGAUUUCCUGCACUGUUAUGCUAUCAUUCUUCUAUGUACUCAAAUCAGAGAAAUGCAUUGUCCAGGAUAUUAAAAUUGCUAACCCAUACGUUGCUGAAGGAGAACCUCUAGGACGCCAUUGUUUUUUUUACCCAACACCAGAUCUUGAAAACACACCCUAUAAUUUCAGCUGGUAUACAAGUGGAAAUGAAACACCUAUAACGAAAGACCCAUCCUCCAGAAUUCAUCAACGUGGAACAAAGCUGUGGUUUAUUCCUGCAAGAUAUGAAGAUUCUGGAUUAUAUGAAUGUGUUAUACGUUACCAGAAUUCGACAAUAUGCUACAGAAAUAGGAUUAGAAUACUGGUUGUCAACGACAGUGCCACUCUCUGUUUUAAUGAGAAGUCCAGCUACAAUCAAACGGUACCAAAAGGAUCAGCUGCAAAGAUUGUGUGUUCUAACACGGAGGACUUGACACGAGAGCUGGAUUUUUUCUCUGUUCGUUGGUAUAAGGAAUGCAAGGCAGUGCAGCAGGAUGAACGAGUUUUUGUCUUGCAAUCGUAUCUUGUAAUAAACAACGUGAGAGAAGAUGAUAAGGGAAAAUAUGAAUGUAAAAUAACGUACACUUAUUUGGGGAAUCAAUAUAAUGUUUCAAGGAGCAUUUUUGUGAUUGUUAAAGCGAAUGAACCAAAGAAAAGAACUGAGAUUCUGUACCCCAGAAAUAAUACUAUUGAAGCUGAACUUGGCUCCAAAAUAUCUACGAUGUGCAAUGUGUCAAGUUACAGAAACUCUUUAAAUAGCAUCACCUGGAAAGUCAAUAAUACUCCAGUAAACUUCCUGUUUAAAGGUAGAAUUGAAGAAGGAUUCGAAAAAGACUUCCCUGUUGAAGGAGCAUGGGCUUAUGUUGUCCCUCUGACCAUCAAUGAGGUGAAAAAUGAAGAUUAUGACCAGCGGUUUGUUUGCCAGGCGGGCGAAGUUGCUGCAUACUUCUUAAUACAACGCCCACCCAAAAAUAUCUUGGGACUGAUUGCACUGGUAUUGCUCAUUUUUGUUCCUGUGCUAAUCUGCGCAUUGUUCAAGAUUGAGCUUGUACUUUGGUAUCGGAAGUCAUGCCACCCUUUUCUUCAUAAAAAAGUUUCAGAUGGCAAGAUCUAUGAUGCCUACGUACUGUAUCCAAAAACAGAUACCCAAGAUGGUUUUGCUCUGAAAGUGCUUCCUGAGGUUUUGGAGAAAAAGUGUGGGUAUAAUCUAUUUAUCCUUGGCCGGGAUGACUUACCAGGAAAAGCUGUAGUCAACGUUAUUGAUGAAACCAUUAAGCAAAGCAGAAGGCUAAUCAUUAUUUUAGUACCAGGAUUUCAAACCUACAGUAUAUCACAAGGGGUUCCUGAGGAGCAAAUAGCUUUGUACAAUGCCCUUAUGAGUGAAAGUGCUGGAAUGAAAGUCAUUCUGAUUGAAAUGGGUAAAAUAGAGGAUUACAGCAGCUUGCCAGAAUCCAUUAGAUACAUAAAGCAAAAGCAGGGAGCCAUUAGAUGGAAAGGUGACCUUACGAAGAAGCAUUCUUAUUCUGCAAAUACCAAGUUCUGGAAAAAGGUCAGAUACCGAAUGCCACUGGGACACCAGAUUUCUCCAGAACUACCUUUGGUGCCAACAUCUCUCAAUACAACAGAAACCCUCGUAUCCUUUUAACAACUCCUGGUGCAGCUGUUUCAAAAGGCUACUUUGAUGGAUGAUGCUAUUACAGCCACCAUUUGUACAUGGUAAACGGACUCUUUUGACAACAUCACUUCCACUAGCAUUUCUUAAUGUACCAAAUUCACAUGCUGUUUCAAACAAAAAAUGAUAAACUUGAAACGACUUAUUUCUACUAAUGUACGAUGAGCUGGGUUUUUCGUUUGUUUCUCUUGUUGUGGGAGGAAAACUACACACAGUGGCUACAUUCCAGCUGAAUGCAUGUGGAUCAGCUACACCCGUGUAUCCUGUUUUAAAGAAAGCUGAAAUGUUGACAACCAGCUGUUUAGUGAAUCUAGACCACCACCUUCCUCCUCCUGCCAAUCAGCCUAUCAAUAGGAUUUUAGCUUUGUGCAAAAGGUUGGCUCACAGAAGGGAAUCACAUCUGGAGCAUAGGUCUUUGUGUCUGAUACACCACCUGGCUAGAGACAGAUCCAUGGAAGCAGGGCUGCCAUACUCCAAAAAGUGAAAAUCUGGACACCAUUCAGCGAUUUCCACAUGGACACUUUUUCCUACAACUGAAUUCCAGCCACGUCCGGGAAAUUCUGGAUGUAUGGCAACCCUAAUGGAAGUCUCUUUCUGUGAACACGUAGGCCCUAGCUACAUUUGGCCAAUUGUUUCUUUGUUCUGCUGAAAUUCAACCUUGCAGUUUUUUCAUUGUUUACUCUUACUGUAUUAUGGUAGCACUUGACGACUGACUUAGAUGUGGCUGAAAUCAUUUGCAGCCUCUUAUAUGCACCAUUUCAUCUGAACUCAACCUUUGCAAUAUUCAGGGAGUAGUUGGGUUACUUUGUGAAUUGUCACUGUGUUUAUAUUGGACUUUCGUUUAAGUUUUGAUGUAAUAGUCAGACUGUGUUUUUUAUAUUUUAUUUCCCUUGCCCCCCAGUGCUUAUUCAUCCCCUGCAAAUACAUACACACACCUGCCCCAAUUUUGAUUUAAUUCGCAAACACCAUGGAAACGGCCAUCCUUCAAAAUUCACACUUCUCUGAACUUUGCAAUGUAGUUUUCCAGAAAAUUAAUUUGUAUAAAAAUGCAUAUACUUGGGUUAAGUGUCCACAAAAAUGUGCAUAUACAGGAAAAUAACAUACAGAAAUGCAUCAUUUUAGAGGAUGUUGCUUUGCAAAAAUGUGUCUUAGGCAAAUCACAUAUGAGCAUGUGUAUAACAGGAGUAAUUUGCAUUAAAAUGCUGAUGGAUUUUAAUGAAGAAAAAUUCACAAACUGAUGUGGAAAUGUGGACCUAAGAUUGGAAAACUGGGAAAAUUGAAAUGAACAAGUUUGCCUAUCCUUACUUAUAUCAAUGCUUCAUACAUUGAGUGAACAGGACUCUAGUCCAUGAAUGCUUAUGUCGUAAUAAAAUAAUUAUCCGUGAAUCCAACAUAGAGUAGACCCAUCAAAAGUAAUAAACAUGACUGAGGUCCAUUAAUGUAAAUGGGUUUACUCUGUGUAGUUGGAUACAACUCUCUGGCUUAAAGUACCAUAAGACUGUUUGUUCCUUUGCAAUAUUUUCCUUCUGCGAUUCUUGUUAUGAAUAGUAAUGAUUCUCAGGAAAUACAUUUUUUUACGGAUAAACAUGUAAUGUUUCAGAGGUAGAGAAGUUUUUAACUUCGAGUUCUUUUAUUGAUUUAGAAGGGGCAAAAGAAUACUAAAAAGUAAAAUGUGAAAUAUAUUAUUAUUAUUUAUUGAAUUUAUAUAACACGCUAUACUUGGAGGUCUCAGUCUGGUUCACAGAACCAUCAGUAUCAAACUGUAAGAAACCUACUUGUGAAAUAACUCCAACCAUGAUAAAUUGGGGAAUGGACAAUGAUAUACAUUUUUUUAUUGACAAAAAUGUUCAGGAAAGAUGACGUGGUUU